GAAUGCCAAAUUUGGAGUCGGUUUGGAUCAGCAUAUCUCUUUUUGUAUGCCUGAUCAAAACGGGCGUCACCAUAUCUCUAUCUCCUUGCAUUGCAUCACUUCUUCGGCCUUCUCCCCGAAGCAAACCCAUUCUGCUCUGCUCACACUGAGCACGGGCUGGGCAGGCAUUCUCCCAUGGAUCCACCGUCACCACCACAUGAUCACGGUCGGCAUGAGCAAGAGCAUCAUCAGGAUGGGUGCCCGGCGGCCAGGGAGAAGAGGCCCUGGGGGUGGGCGCGCGCGGUGGCCGGCGAGGCGCGGGCGCAGCGGGGCAUCGCGCUGCCGCUCAUCGGCAUGAACCUCACCUGGUUCGCCAAGCAGGCCGUCACCACCGCCUUCCUCGGCCGCCUCGGCGACCUCCAGCUCGCCGCCGGCACGCUCGGCUUCAGCUUCGCCAACGCCACGGGCUUCGCGGUGCUCACGGGCCUAUGCGGCGCCAUGGACCCCAUCUGCGGCCAGGCGCACGGGGCCGGGAACGCGGCCCUGCUCCGCCGCACGCUGCUCAUGGCCACCGCCAUGCUGCUCGCCGCCUCCCUGCCCAUCGCGCUCCUCUGGCUCCGCGUCGACACCGUGCUCCUCCGCGUCUUCGGCCAGCAGCCCGACAUCGCAGUGGUGGCGCGGCGGUACGUGCUGUGCCUCCUCCCCGACCUCGCCGUCACCUCCUUCCUCGCCCCGCUCAAGUCGUACCUCAGCUCCCAGGAGGUGACGCUCCCCACGCUCUUCGCCUCCGCCGUGGGCCUCACCGUCCACGUCCCGCUCACCGCGUGGCUGGCGCGGACCAGGGCCGUCGAGGGCGUCGCCGCCGCCGUCUGGCUCAGCGACCUCGUCGUCGCGGUCCUCCUCUCCGCCUACGUGCUCGCGUCCGACGUGCUCCUCGCGAGGAAGAGCGCCAAGACGACGGCGGCCACAGCGGCGCCGUGCGCGCGGUGGUGGUGGCCGGAGGAGACCAAGACUGCCGCGGCCGACUGGCUCCGGCUGAUCCGUCUCGCCGUGCCGUGCUGCCUCAACACGUGCCUCGAGUGGUGGUGCUACGAGAUCCUGAUCCUGCUCACGGGUCGCCUGCCGGACGCCCGGCGCGCGGUGGCGGUGAUCGCGAUCACCCUCAACUUCGACUACCUCCUCUUCGCCGGCAUGCUCUCCCUCUCCGUGAGCGCGUCCGUGCGCGUGUCCAACUCACUGGGCGCGGGCGACGCCGUGGGGGCGCGCAGGGCCGGCGCCGUCUCGAUCCUCGGUGGCGUGCUCGCCGGUGCCUUGGGCGGGCUGCUGAUGCUGGCGUCGCGGCGGCAGUGGCCUCGCCUCUACACGCACGGCGCGGAGGUGCGGGACGGCGUGGGGAAGGCGAUGAAGGUGAUGGCGGCGCUGGAGGUGGUCAACUUCCCGCUGAACGUGUGCGGCGGCAUCGUGCGCGGCACGGCGAGACCGGCCGUGGGCAUGUACGCCGUGCUGGGCGGGUUCUACCUGGUGGCGCUGCCGGUGGGCGUGGCGCUGGGGUUCAGGGCUCGGCUGGGCAUCACCGGGCUGCUGGCCGGGUUCAUCAUCGGCGCCGCGGCCAGCCUGAUGGUGUUGCUCGUGGUGAUCGCGCGCAUGGACUGGGGCGUCGAGGCCGAGAAGGCGCGGCUGCGGGCCGGCGCCGGCGGCGAUGAUGAUCGGAAUGCUGAGCCCAAGGAGGCGUCGCAAAAUGCUGCUGACGUUUGACCGUAACUUCAGUCAUUAAGUAGUCUGAAUUAAUCGGAGUGCAAUGUACAUACUACAUGAAGAUGAAACUCCCAUGGAGAUUUUGUUUUGAAAUCGGCAGAACCAAUUGCCACAAGGGAGGUGAGGCGAUGAAUGGAGCCUUCGAAUGCUUUCUCCGACA